AUGAACGGCUAUUAAGAUGUAGACAUGAACGGUAUCCCUUCUUUAGAUGGAGGGUCCUACGAUAACUGUGGUUACGAAUCAGGCAUAAUCCACGCAGUAGACACUAGAAACACCAAGUGGCAAGCUAGACAGAAUGGAGAGUCAUCAGCAGCCUCCAACAAGAGCUAUAACUUCAAAGACUAUUAGAAAUACAUGAAGAGACGCACUGAGAAGUUAGAUAGAGAACAGCAGAAGAUCAAUCAAGAUUUGAUUAUCAAGUAAAUAGAGUAAGAAAACAAGAAAUGGGGAGCUGUUGAUAAGGAUGACGCGAGACAUUUGCAAAAAGAAGCACUUAAAAGGCAAAAGGAGGCAUAAAAACAAGCAAAAAAUAAGGAGAAGCAAGAUCUGAUGUUGGAAGAAGAAGCCAAGAUUGAGUAAAGUAGCAAGAAGUAAAAAGGUAGAAGAUGA